UUUUGCGAUGUCAUCAUUUUGCCUUAUGCUCUUUACUCUGUAAUUUUGCUGUUCUUCUAACUUCCGCCAUGAAUAAAACGAAGGUUUUCUUAGAAGAGUGGUGCUGAAAUAAGAUAUGGCUUAACUCCGAUCAACAUCGCCAAAUGGGGUUCGCUACAUGACUUAUCAAAUCCUAAUUCAUAUGUUCUUUUUGGAUUGCUGUGUAUUCUCUAUUCCAAUUUUUUUUAGAUUUGAGAACAGGCUGCAUCGAGAGUCGACACUCCACAAUACAGCCGCUUCGAAUACGUUGUUAGAAGCAUGCGCAGCGACCCUUGGUUCAUAGAUAACAGAUAUGCAAGGAGAAAGGAAAUUUAGCUGUUGUCCUUCUGGUGUUUGAAGUUUGACAAAAAAAAGGUGAGCAGGAGAUAUGGAGCGUGCAGUUCUUGAUGAUGUGAUUAAUAGGUUGCUCGAAGUUAGAAGCAAACCAGGGAAACAAGUUCAGCUUUCUGAGACUGAGAUUAGACAGCUCUGUUUCACCUCCAGGGAGAUUUUCUUGAGACAGCCCAAUCUUUUGGAGCUAGAAGCUCCUAUAAAAAUAUGUGGAGAUAUACAUGGACAAUAUCCUGAUCUACUGAAGCUCUUCGAAUACGGUGGAUUACCUCCUCGUUCCAACUAUUUGUUCCUGGGGGAUUAUGUAGAUCGUGGAAAGCAAAGCCUGGAAACUAUAUGCCUUCUUCUUGCAUAUAAAAUAAAAUAUCCUGAAAACUUUUUCCUGCUGAGGGGAAACCAUGAAUGUGCUUCUGUAAACCGUAUAUAUGGAUUUUAUGAUGAGUGCAAAAGAAGAUUCAAUGUCAGGCUCUGGAAAAUGUUCACAGAUUGUUUCAACUGCUUGCCUGUUGCAGCUCUGAUUGAUGAAAAGAUUCUCUGCAUGCAUGGUGGGCUUUCUCCCGACCUGCGCAAUUUGAAUCAGAUAAGGAAUUUGCAACGACCUACUAUUGUUCCUGACUCUGGUUUGUUAUGUGAUCUCCUCUGGUCUGAUCCCAGUAAAGACGUUCAAGGUUGGGGGAUAAAUGACAGAGGUGUUUCGUAUACCUUUGGUGCUGAUAGGGUCAUAGAGUUUCUGCGAAAGCAUGAUCUUGAUCUAAUUUGCCGAGCACAUCAGGUUGUCGAAGAUGGUUAUGAGUUUUUUGCAAAUAGACAACUCGUAACCAUAUUUUCAGCUCCUAAUUAUUGUGGAGAGUUUGACAAUGCUGGUGCCAUGAUGAGUGUGGAUGAGAAUUUACUGUGUUCUUUCCAAAUACUGAAACCUGCCGAUAAGAAGCCAAAGUUUGGGUUUGGGAGCAUCACUACUGCUAAGCCUGGCUAUAAUCCAACCAAAAUCAAGUCACUUUUAAAAGUGUGAGGAAUCUAAUCUACCGGAGAGAUCAUUGAAGAUGCCAGCUGCCCUGGAAGGUGACAUGUGGAGCUUUGCCAGUGUAGCCAUCUCUGGUAUAGAUAGAUGGGUUAUGGGGUAAGUCUUAAUGAAGUAAGAAUGUAGAUUGACAACUUUGUUUGGGUAUGAUUAUAUAAAGAACUGCCUUGUUCAUGAAAAUUUUAGGAGGUGUUAUCUCAUUGGUUUGCUCAGUGCAAUUGCCAGUAGCCACUCUGUAAUGUUAUCAUCUUAUAAUAAUUACAGAGCAUAAUGUACAGAGAUGAUUCUGUUCCCUCUUUUCCUCUUUCUUUCUUCUUA